AUGGCGAGUGCUGGUGUCUCUAAGCCGCUGAAAGAGUUACUGGCCGAACAGUUACCAAAGGAUGUGCCUAUCACCUUCUAUCACUACUCAACACCACCCUCCAAGUCCUCCGCCCUCUUCUCCGCGCCGCCGCAUGGCAAGUCCGAACGAACAUACUGCGAAUCGCAUACACUAGCAGCCUCGAUAGUGCCAAAAGAUGCAGCAGCCUCAGAACUACCCGAGGAGCUUCUCAUACUUGCCAUCGAAGUCUUGAUCUACACCACGAGAAACCUCACCACCAUCUUCGUCUCCAAGGCCGACUCGACAGGGUACAUUUCGGAGCUGCAAUUACCGCGAGCCCAAUCUGGAUCGCCUCUGAAAGCUAUUUGCGGAACAUUCGUAUCUUGGCUUGCAAGAGAAAGGCAGAGAGAAGGGAAGAAGCUUGUCGUGUCUCUCUUCGCAAGGGCACAGGAUCAAUACCUGUUCCCGGCGAGCAUCGAAAACAAAAACAAGCAUGUUCUGGAUGAUAGAGGCUUGGUCAAGUGGUGGUGCAGAGUACUCGACCCGAUAAUAUGGGAGUACAAAGCCGAAGGAGAACGGAAAUCCUUCGCUGAACGGCUGGUUGACGCUGAGGGCACAGAGACGAACGACGUGCCAGUACAAUCAGAGUCUACAGCGAAGGGAUAUCUGGUAAUACCGGGCUUCGAACCAUACGACACGCUGCGAUACAUUCCUCCACCUUCCGUGCCGAACACUCCUCGACGCUGGGCGAACACACACCCACUCCUACAGAUCGCUCCGUAUCCUGCUGCACCACCACGGUGCCUCGUGCCACACUUUCCAGACGACCCCAAGGCUAGGUUCCUUGACGAAUUAGACGAAGAACUUCCCGACCGUGGCACAGAUACUAUGGUAGUAGAUGGAGGCACACCUUCGAGAAGCAACGGGCAGUGGAAGAGCGUCAAGACGCUUGACCAGUUUUGGGAGUUCAUGGCGUUCAGGCAGGAAUGUUCGUCAGGACGUAUAGUGGGUUUCAUAUGGGUUGUCAUAACACCGCCUAAGCCUUCAAUACCCGAGGAAGAUGAGGACAUGCCGUCGCAGCAAUCGGCAUCACAGUCUUUCUCACAGAUCGACUCGCAAGAGAACGUACCCAGCCCAAAACGACGGAAGACAAGUCGGCGAAGGCAAGAGGCUAAAACCAGGUAUGGACCUAUCCCGCUUGUCCUGCCCAAGAUCAAGACAAGCUCUUCGAACCUAUCGACAUCGUCAAAUAUGUCUUCCAGCUCUGCCAAAACUCUUCCUGAGAACAGCCCAUAUUGGAAGUGGCCUGCUUCCUCACGCGGGACUAUCUGUUUCUCGCUCAAGAACUACGACCGCGCACACGAGGUCCUCUUACAACAGACGUUUGCGAACCGAAAGGCAGCAGCACGAAGCACGAGGAAAUGGAAAGAAGAGAUUGCUGUUCUCGGCGGCAUGGAUGAAUGGAGCUUUACAGUAAAGGGAACAAAGGAGUAUGUAGCUGCAGGAAAGCCCUUGGAUGCAACAAACGGUGUGACACCGACGAUGGUCAUGGGUGUACGAAAGAAGAGGAAGCCCGACACCCCAUCAGAGGCGGCAACCGGCGCGGAAAAGUCGGUGGAGCCUGCGCAAAUGCUAGGAGAAAGCAUGGUCAGAAAGAAGGCAAAGAUCGAGCCAACACCCGUUACUGAUGCAAGUGCUGCAAAUGGUGUGAACACUUUGACCGCUGGACUAGUGCGCAAGAAGCCAAAAGCUUGA